AGUAAAAAAAAAACAGCACGUGCGAGUCGGUCUCCGAAUUCCGUACGCGGGUUCUCAGCACGUGCUCUCCGCCGGAAAUGCCACCGUUAAAAAACCAACCCCCGUUCCUAGGGUUUUCCCGAGAAUCGUCUUUCCCCAGAAUUCCUCAGAUCCCAAAAAUAAAAAAACCCACCAAACAGAAAGCAAACGCUCCUUUCCUGGAAAAUUACUUUCUCUAUCUUAGCGGUGAUUUUCUCGGGGGGAAAUUUGUUCCAUAUCCAGUCCCAAAUUUUCCUGGAGCUCAAUACUCCGCAAUCGGCAGGAAGAUAAGAGGUUGAUGGUGCAGUUGAUGAAAUCGGAGAACUUCCCGGCUGCCGCUGGAACUGGAUCCCUGUCGUCGACGAUUGGGAGCAAGGAUGCGCCGGUGAAGCUGGAGAUCGUCGAGGACACUUUGGAGGAAGAGUAUGGCCCUCUGAACAAGCGAUCCAAGACUCUUCAACAGUGGGGUGCCGGUGCUAAUGCAUUUCCCGUGCCGCCGGCGCAAUACAAUCCACUCGAUGAGCCGAGUCCUCUGGGGUUGCGGCUGAGGAAGAGCCCGUCUCUGUUGGAUUUGAUUCAGAUGAAGCUCUCUCAGGGGGGUGUUGCUUCGAAGCCGGCGGAAGCUCAGCAGAGUGACAAACCAAGCUCUGGAGCGAAGAAGGACAAACCGCUGAGUGAUAAGCUCAAGGCUUCGAAUUUCCCGGCAUCCGUGCUGAGAAUUGGGUCAUGGGAGUAUACGGCGAGGUACGAGGGGGAGUUGGUGGCCAAGUGUUACUUUGCCAAGCAUAAGCUCGUGUGGGAAAUUCUUGAUGGUGGUCUCAAGAGUAAGAUAGAAAUCCAGUGGUCUGAUAUCAUGAGUCUCAAGGCCAAUUGCCCAGAAGAUGGACCUGGAACUUUGAAUGUCGUGCUUGCUAGACAGCCCCUUUUCUUCAGGGAAACUAAUCCACAGCCCCGGAAGCACACUUUGUGGCAGGCCACUGCAGAUUUUACCAAUGGACAGGCCAGCUUACACAAGCAGCAUUUUCUUCAAUGCCCACAAGGGCUGUUGAACAAACACUUUGAGAAGCUGAUACAGUGUGAUAUGCGGUUGAACUUCUUGAGCCAGCAACCAGAGAUAGUUGUAGAUUCACCCUAUUUUGAAAAGCGGGCAGAUGUCUUUAGUGAGCUAGAUGAAUCCAACGAUCAAGAACUUGACCAAGUGGAAAAUGGAAGAGGUUCAGCAUUUGCAGCAGCUGGCUUCCAAAGUCUGGCUUCACCAUCUGCUGGGUAUUCAUCCUCGGAGAUGGAUCGUGGGGAUCAUACCGGUACAACAUCAGAACUCAUGUCCCGUGAAGCUCCCUCUCCCAGCUCAGUGAUGGAUAAUAAUGCGAUUGAAGGAAGGGGAAACUUCGAGUCUGUUGAUUCACGAGCACCCAGGAAUUGGGAUCAGAUAAAAGUGCCGGGCCUUACACCUUCAAUGUCCAUGAGCGAUCUCAUGAACCACAUUGGAAACUGUAUUUCAGGCCAGAUGAACUCCGGCAAUACAUCAUCGCUGUCCGCAGAUGGAGAAGAAUGCCAGGAGAUAUUGACAGACAUAGCUCAAUACCUCCUAAGCGACACUCAAAACACCACACCCUCAGAUGAGAAAAGGCUAAUGGCUAGGGUCAACUCUCUCUGCUGCCUCCUGCAGAAGGACCCCACGUCUUCUUCACAGCAGAAUCUGCAGACUAUCGGAGAGGGCAGCAGCAAUGACUCGGUUUUCCACCUGAAUCAACCAAACGGAUCUUUGUUGUUGCCUGAAUUCAAACCGUCGGAAGGUAACAACAUGAAGGAUGUUGCUUCGUCGAGCUUAAAGGCUCCAUCAGGGAUGUCAAGAAGAGACUCGUUCGGGGAUCUCCUGCUUCAGCUCCCUCGAAUUGCCUCUCUCCCCAAGUUCCUUUUCCAUAUAUCGGAGGAAGACUGAGGAGAGAAUAAGAGUAGAUGAUAGUUGAAAUGUUCGCAGCUCAGUCCCCCUCUAUGAUUGUUGAUAUCAAUGAUAGUAGUUAUUCCCUCUACUCUCUCUUGUGAAGUGAUUCGCUUUGUUUGUUUAAAAUUUAUCAUGUCCAACCUCUGGCUGAUGUGAAAAACUCAUUGAGCAUUGGUUUGAAGUUUGAACCCUAAGGGGUGAACUGGGAUUCCGAGAUUUGGCUUUGAUGAAGAAUCCCCAGAUUGCCUUCACCAUGUACAAAUAAACCAAGUGGAUUGCAUUGUGUAAAUUGAUUACCUCUCUUCUUUCUCUAAGCAUUUCACAUCAGUACGUAGUUUCAGGUUGUCGUCCUUGUGAUCUUAUUCUAGUAGCUCCAGAUUUGAGAGUUUGCAUCUUUUGUGAUCUCAUUAUGUUCCUCAGAUGAUCGUCUUUGUGAUCUUGUUCUGGUAGCUGCAGAUUUGAUAGUUUAGCACAGGCUAUUUGUGAUCUAGUUAUGUUCCUCAAGUGGUUGCUUUCUCGAUGUUAUAUCAGUAGAUGGAACUGAAGCUAAUUGUGUCCAGAAUAGGAGCUACCUGUAACAUGAAUCGACGAAGACAUUCGACACAUUCGUGAUCUUAUUCUGAUAUGCUGCAAAUUCGAGUAUGUGCACCAGAGACGUUUCUCGGUCUUUGAUCUAUUAUAUUUCGGCAAGUGCGAAUCUGGUUGUAUGCAUAGGACCAAAACACUCUAAGCCAACAUAUGCAAUGAAAUCAAUACGUUCAA